CACACACACACACACACACACACACACUGACACUAACAGAGCGGGGGCGUUGUCGUCCGCACCGUCCGGACAGACAGACAGCUCCUGUUCAAACUGCUGACAGACUUCUCGCCGCAGUUUCUUCUCUGGGGACAUGGCAGCGGACCAAACGGCAUGCAGGAGGAGCAGCUUGAGCACACAAACCGCAGGCUAAACUGAUAACAGCACUUCGCCUUUUUUUUUUGUUUCUUUUUUUUUUCUUUUUUCUACUUUUUUUUUUUAAAGUCCGCCACGACAGCGUUUUACAUCCGACAAGUCUCCUUUUCAGACUCACAAACUUUGCGCAGGACAGCAUUUGAACGGAGCUGACGCACAGUGGUGGAUUCUGAUCUAACAUAACCUACACUUUCUUUGAGAACUCCUUUUGCAUCAUUUAAAGAACUACUAUGUUAAAUUGUGCUUAACAUUUUAACACCAAGGUUCAUACUUUUGCCUCAUACAUUGGGAUUACAAAGCGCUUUUUAUUUUUCUGCAAAAUAUGCCUUGGAACCUUGAUAUUCCUACGUAUCACUCUAUUUAUCAGCUGUCUGCUUGUACACGAGCCCAGACCUGGUAAAGCUCCUCUGAAUUCUGCAGCUGCUCUUCAUGCGGAACCAAUAAUUGGAGACAUCACCGUGCCAUCACUCGUUCUUUUCUUUUUCUUUUUUUCCCCCUCUCUAACGAGCGCUCUGUCAGCCGGAGCAACGAUGCAGCACGAACGCCUGCUCAAAGUGUUGGUGAUCGGAGACCUGGGAGUGGGAAAGACGUCCAUUAUAAAGCGUUACGUCCACCAGGUGUUCUCCCAGCACUACCGCGCCACCAUCGGAGUGGACUUCGCCCUCAAAGUGCUCAACUGGGAUCACAAAACGGUGGUGCGUCUGCAGCUGUGGGACAUCGCCGGGCAGGAACGCUAUGGCAACAUGACCCGCGUUUACUACCGAGAAGCAGUUGGGGCGCUGGUCGUCUUCGACAUGACCAGGCUGUCCACGUUUCAGGCUGUCCUUAAGUGGAAAGGAGACCUGGAUUCGAAGGUUGCCCUGAGCAAUGGGAGGCCAGUUCCAGCCGUCCUCUUAGCCAACAAGUGUGACCAACGUCGUCAGGGUCUGUGCCCCAAACUGCCCAAACUGGAGAACUUCUCCCAGGAGUACGGCUUUGUCGGCUGGUACGAAACCUCAGCCAAGGACAACACCAACAUCGAUGCAGCCAUGACAUGUUUGGUGAAAAGCAUCAUGUCUGCGGAGGAAGAGAGAGGUUUGAGCGACGCCACCAAGAGUGAACAGGACGCCAGCGUCCUUGUCCUGCCUCGCUUCGACUACAACGUGAAAGAGAAGGGACUUGGUGGAUGUUCCGGAUGCUCCUCGUUCAAACAGCGACGCGAAGACUGAGUCUGAACUGAGAGACUGGACGGAGACUUAGAGGAGGAUGGAGAUUACUUCGUUAACAUUUAACAGGAUGUAACUUAAAAGUUGAAUUCCAUUCUUUGCCCAUCACUUCGCUCUCUUUGCUUCAGAGAGUUUGAUUAAAACUGUUUUUAUUUCAAAAUAAGGAAAGUCUGAAGAAGUGAAAGCUUUUUUAUUGUUCUAAGGAGGUUUCAGGAAAAUCUUAUUUUUUUAAAAAGAAAUAACAAAAUCACUUCUAUGAGAAAACAAACAAAAAAAACGUAUUCAAAAGUGUGUUCUUUCAUCACAAAAAUCAAUUCUGUGGCAGUUUAUACAAUGCUUUAAGGUGUUGAAAGAAAAACGAAAAUAAACCUUUUCCGUAAGAUAAUGAAAGACAUUUAUCGGAGGCACUGCAGCAUUUGAAAAUUGUCUGUCUUUUGUUUGAACAUUUUGAAGUUCUGUUUGUUCUUCUUGUUUUCUUGGAGCAGUCGGUAGAAAAUCAACCUCAGAUGGUUGUAUUUGUUCUGUAUUAGUGAAAAACAAAACAUAACUAUGGUUUCAGUCCAUUCAAAGAAGACCGCGCUUAAAGGAACUCUUACAAGUUUUUGGCCACAUGUGGCGCUGUUGAGCAAGGGUGUCAUAAGCUAGUCCUGAUUUUCUUUACAUUGCUGUUCUGUUAGCUCGGAGGCAUAUAAACACACAGGUUAAUGAGAUAGUAUGUGCCACGAAACAUACCAAUGGGCCAGUAAAAUCCAAAGAACAUAAAAGACAGUUAGCCGAUGUUAACCGUACUAGUUUAAAAAUAUUUAAGGUGCUUUUCAAAUGUUCUGUUUAGCAACAUUCCAUUCAUAUUCCUCAGUGUUGUGGCAGUUCUGCUUUGGUCAAAACUCCCAACUUAUCAAUUAUUUCAUGUUUGCGAAACUGUGAUAAGUGCCACUUAGUGGUUAAGAGCUUCAGAUUUUAACCAAUUAAAUACCUCUACGUCAGCCGUCCAGGUCAGGGUAAAAGUGAGCCACAGUGUGUGGUUCAUAGUAACAGACGAUUAAACACUAAUGACAACAUAACCAUUAAUACUACAUUCCAUUUCUGCUAACCAGUCCUCAAGCGCCAUCAUUUGUCAAAUAUUUUAACACAAAAUAUUCAACUGUUUUUACAAGAGACGUCCACAUCAACAGCCCUUUCAUUAUUCACUACCAUAAUUAUUUUUUGUAGGGUGAUGCUAACAGUUCCAGUGAUGGUGGAGGUGGCUUAUAAUUGUAAUUUAGUUGUAUAGUUUUCUUUAAUACAGCCGAGGAAAAUGUCAAUAUUCUCAAUAGCCUUAUCUUAUUAUUAUAAUGUUUGAAUUUCCUACAUUAUUGUCACCUUCAGAUGAAAGGUUAGUGGAACUUGUCACAAGAAGUCGUUUACCAGAGAGGUUAACACUUAUCUAACAAACUAACAACCUGGCCUUGACCAUUUCUAAAAACGACAUGUACCAAAUUAAGACAAAUACCACAAGAGGACGCCAUUUAUUUGUGAAAGUCAUGCUAGCUUCCUAGACUGUUAGCUUCGGUACCUUCCGGACAGCAACAGCUGGCUAGCAGCAGAUUCCUCAUAACUAAAGGCUGAUGUUACCACUUGGAUGCCAAGAAUGUUUAUGUAAGCACAAGGUUACCAGUGCCAUUUGAAGGCAGCUUUUAUCUUCAGUGAUGAUUUGCAAUGAUUAGCAUGCUAACUUGCUUAAUUAAAUGGUGUCAAACAUCACAUAUGCCAAACAUCAAGAUUUAUACCCCCUACUCCUCACCAGUCCUUAAGAACUGAAGAAGUUGCUUGUCUCAAAAAAACUCCACAAGUCCAGUUGCCUUUCUUUAAGGUUUCUGGAUCUAUCAUAGUGUUGGCGUUGGUGGUUUUAGCAUUUAAUUAUGUUGGUGAUAGCAUUAAGGGCUAAUUACAUCCUCCAGUGUGGCUGUUGACUCUUUUUUCUGUUUUCUCAACUCACACAAGACAUGUUUUUUCACAUAUAAAUUGCUCUUCAUUUACCGGGUUACUGCUGUAGGUUAUUUUAUCAGUAUAUGUUUCCUGACAGAUUGUCAACACAGAUGGUUAUGUGGGAAAUUUCAACUCGUCACAUGAAAGCGCUUAACUAUCUUCAAAGGGUCACGCACUUAUCGUUAAUCGCAGUCUGCAAAUACGUGUUGAUAUUGUUCUUUUUUCAUUUUUGCUCUUGCGCAAGCAAUUGUAAGUAAAUGUAAAUAAUCUGAAUGUUGUAUAAGCAGAUAAUCGUUACUUGUUUUUUUUUUUUGUUAAACGAGCAAAUCAGUUUUCAUGGAGUUUAAUUUGUCUGCGAUUAUACACAACAGAGAGAGUGAAGUAAAAAUAAAUUUCACUUCAUCCUAGCCGCCGUUA